AUGGCGUGGAACUGUUCGAGUCGCGGAGCUCUUUUUCUGGCUCUUGCCCUGAUAUGCUGCAUUGUGUCAUUCCACGAACGGCCCGUGGCGCAAGCAUCACCACACGGCAUAUCCAAACGAUCAUUUGCCGGCGGCGCCAUAGGUCUUGGUGAACUUAUCCACGGUGUCAAGGAGUUCUUGGCAGACGACAAUGCCUACGAUGCCGAUGUCCCAGACAAGUGCGUCAUAACCAUGCAGACCUCUGGCGGCGGCAAUUGCAAAGUAUACGUGCAAUGUGAGCAGACCGAUUCCAUCGGGGUCUUCACCGGGGAUUGGAACGUCUGUUACGCGGGAGGUCGCCAGUACUUCAACCAACCUCACAUCGGUGACUUUUCGGUCACCUUCACGAAGGCAGGCGGCGUGAAUGGCGAUAAACAAGACGGUCUCCAUUCUCCAGUGCUCCAGAUUGCCGCAUUCAACGACUGGGAGCCGUUCGUCCUUGACGACAUUAUCGGGGCCCAGUCCGGCGAUCACGGGAACCUCUGUAAGGGCCAGCACUCCGCCUUUGGCAUUUCCUUGCUUGAUCCAGCCUUUGGAAGCCCAGGCUUCAAAUCAGGCUGGUGCACUGCUCAUGUAAGCCAGUACCAGAAGAACGAGUACGGCGUCGGAGAGCGGUACGCCUUCGACAUAAUCAUCUACGACGCCGGCGGCGCGCAGAUCGGACACGCCCAAAAGGCCGCGGUGGACUCCACCGGCCACCUCUCUCUUACAUCGAAGCUUCCUUAUACCCUGGACAUCACCGUGGACGACGUGGACUCGAGCCCCGUGCAGUUUGCGUACGCCGGCCAGCUCUGGACCUGCGACGGCAAAGAUGCAAGCGCCCACAAGUGUACCCUAGGAAACGGUCCUCGAAACGGCUACGAUAACGGCAAUCGCGAGGGCGACAUGGGAUUCACCUGCGCUGAGGCGCCAGUCGCUCCGCCGCACAUCACCACCAGCCUAAGAGGCAUGUUUGUCGGGGAUUCUAUCACGCAAGGUGCGGACGGCGACUACACGUGGCGCUACCGCCUGUGGCAAUGGCUCAGGAACGAGGGCGUCGACACCAACUUUGUCGGGCCGUACCAGGGCACAUAUCCGGCUGCCUCGCCAGCAGACGCAAAGCCGAAGCCGCCGCCUCUGCAGGGAGCAGGCAGUCCUCCCGGCGUGGUUCUCAACAGCGGUCGGUAUGCAGCGGACGUGGAAGCAGCAUUCCCCAGACCGCACUACGGCAUGUGGGGACGACAGGCUGCCCAAGUGUAUCCCGCAAUCGGCGCCUACGUUAAGCAAUAUCAGCCUGACUUCCUAUUUAUUCUACUGGGAUUCAACGACUUGGGAUGGUUCGUCAGUGGCCCGGAAGGCACGCUGAGCAGCGUGGAAAAGGUGGUCCGCAACGCUCAGGCCGCGCGACCGAGCCUCAAGGUCCUCGUCGGCAACGUGCCGCAACGGACGCUCAUCAAGGUCGUCAACGAGCAGCUGCCAGACAAGACGACCGAUUACAACAAGCGGCUUCAGUCCGCCGUUUCCGGGUGGUCAACUGAUGCAUCGACCGUGAGACUGGUUGAUAUGCAGAAAAAUUACAACUGCCACCCCGAAGGUUGCCCUGACGGCUAUGAUGGCUUGCACCCUUCGGCUCUGGGAGAGUUUCACAUUGCCCAGUCAUUCGCAGAUGUGCUGCGGAAAGAGUUCGGUGUCGGGAAGAAUCCAUUUACAGUCGGAAAGGUGCCUGCUAGGGUCGCUACUACGCCGACAAACCUCCAGGCGGCGUCUGUCCCGGCCGGCAUCGAAGUCACUUGGGACCCCAUCUUCGGGGCGCGAGGCUUCGAUCUUCAGUCCCGUAGAAAGGGAUCCAGCGACUGGACGGAUCGCCACGCGUUAACAAAUGCUUAUUGGGAAACGUGGGUGUCAGAUGGAGAUACAGUCGAGUACCGAGUGCGAACAUCUAUGGGAGACGACAGCAAGUCGCCUUGGACUGGCGCGGUCUCAGCGACCGCUCACCCAAAAACUGCACCGGGACCCAAGAACAUUCACGGAACUUCUACAGGAAGUGGCAUCACGGCGACAUGGGAUCCCGUACCAGGGUACAGUGUCAACGUAUACGAGUUCAUCGUGUUCGAUAAAGACCAGCCCGGUGCCAUCCUAACCUCGGUCUCCACAAAGUCAACAGGCGCGACCAUCAACAAUCUCGCCAAGGGCCACAAGCAUGUCAUCUCCGUGGUGACAUGGACCGACGCCGGAGGCGGUUUCCCCAGCGUCGGACCAGACGUAACUGUUUGA